UUACUAUUUAAUAUGUAAAAUAAAAUAUCACCAAACUAUCAAUUCGCAAAAUACAGACUUGCGAGGGGCGAGUCCGGCAGCCGACCAAGAUGGACGUGUGAACCCGGAGCUCCUCGUGGCACCCGCACAAAAGAUGCCAGCAAGCUGCUAAUCCUGCUCGCCUGCACACAGUAAAUAGGCCGCACAAAGAAGCCAACCGACACAGGAGGCACCCCGAGACCCACGGGCCCCGGGGGGGACCACACAAUCAGAUCCUACCUUCACUCCGUGCACGAUCGCCGCAACCAGAAAUGGAGGCUGCAAGCCAAGCACCGGACUCCACUCCAUCCACCCCGGCCAGGUACUCACCAGCCCAGUCCCUUGCAUCAGAGCCACAGAUGCCGCCGGAAGAUGGGUGGAGAGAGAUACUGCCCAACCUCCUAACAAAAGCUGACUUUGAGGCCCUCUCUGACCGCCUGGGCCGUGUGGUACGUAAGGAGGUGGACCAACUCGGCGCAGACCUAACGAAUGUGGAGGCCCGCAUGUCCGUGGCUGAGGCGGCGACCAAGGCCCUCCAGACAGACCUGGAGCACACCAAUACGGCAGUCACAGGCCAAGAAGCAGACAUGGCCUACCUCACCACAUGGAUAGACGACCUAGAGAACCGCGGCCGCAGGCUGAACCUACGUGUCCGCGGGUUGAGAGAGGGAGGCCCGUCUGAGAAUAUCACAGAAGGGCUGAGGCAAAUAUUCACACAGGUACUGGGGGGUCAGCACAUACGCAGAAUGGGCCUAGUCAGGACACACAGAGCUCUGAGACCCCUGCCAGCCCAGAAGUCCAAUCCAGGGAUAUUAUAUGCUGUCUAGAUAGUUAUCGGCUAUAGGAAGAAAUAUUACGCAUGGGAACCCUAUGCCGAGAGGGGCAAAGUAUAACCAUCUAUCAAGAUUUGUCCCGUUAUACGCUACAAGCAAGAAGAGACCUACGCCUGGUGACCUCGGCCCUGCAACAAGCAGGAAUCCCGUACCGCUGGGGAUACCCAUUUUCCCUGACAGCCAAACAUGGCACAGACCAGCUGACAAUAAGAAAACCAGAAGAAGUCCCAAGCUUCCUGCGCACCUUAGGCCUCCCGCCGGUACAAAUACCCGACUGGCUGGCGAGGUCAUUCCUCCAGCAACCACCAGGACCGCAGCAACCACGCAGACCAGAUCAAGACUCCCAAAGGCCCCAGCACCAACGCCACCAUGACUGAAAGCAGGGCCAAGCAAGGCGUGAGCAGUAAACAGACCACCACACAGCCUGGGGGGACCAACGGGCCACAGCGAGACCACACUGAACUGUGAGUAACAGCUAAGGGGACAUACACAAGUACAACCACCAAGCGCGAAGGUUUGGGGAGGGGGAUGGGUAACCGGAGGGACUGAGGGGGACUAACAAAUUAUUCCCCA